ACUUCGAUAGACUUGAGUGCAGCCACAUUUCAACGAUGUCCACUGCUUCGCGAGAUAUUAAUGAUCUCUUUGACGAUAUAGUGCUUACCGAGGAAGAACACGCACGCCGUGGCUACGAGGAGGGCAUCGCCGACGGCCGUGCUCAGGGUAAUCAGGAAGGAUAUCAGCUGGGUUACGCUCAGGGCGUACAACUUGGUGAGGAACUGGGUGUCAUAUACGGCGAAGUGGUGGCCCAACAGCAGUUACCACAUACGGACAAGGUUCUGCGAACACUGCAACAGCUGCGCACGCUAAUCGAACAGUUUCCCCGCCACAACGAUCCUGAGGCGGACAUCAUUGGCACUGUGGAGCUCAUCCGCAACACGCAUCGUCGAUUGGGUGCCUUGCUGGGCACAAAGAAAGGAAUUAACGGACCACAGAGUUCAGCCACAGAGGAACGCAAAGAUUUCAGUUUCUAGAGGAAUGGGGAGCGUGGGCGUGGCAGAG